GGCUCGUGCUUUCGUGUGGUUUUAUCCUCCGUCACUGUCGCACGGGGCUCCGGCCCGGUGUCCGAGCAGCCCCAACUGCCGAGAAAGGUCAGAGAAAUGUGUCAACCGUGCGCGGAGGACGCGAGAGACACCGGCUUUAGUAACACAGAUAAACCAUCAUGAUUCCCAUCACCGAGCUCCGGUACUUUGCUGACACCCAGCCAGCGUACCGUAUCCUGAAGCCAUGGUGGGACGUGUUCACCGACUACAUCUCAAUCGUCAUGCUGAUGAUUGCGGUGUUCGGUGGUACGCUGCAGGUCACACAGGACAAGAUGAUCUGCCUGCCUUGCAAGUGGGUGGUCAACAAGUCAUGCGAGACUAUGCCAGUCUCAAACGUGACCACACCCUAUGCACUGGAACCCAAAGGCAUUCAGUAUGACCUUGACCGUCAUCAGUAUAAUUAUGUCGAUGCUGUCUGCUACGAGAACGAGCUACACUGGUUUGCCAAAUAUUUCCCCUAUCUGGUGCUACUCCAUACCCUCAUCUUCCUGGCCUGCAGCAACUUCUGGUUCAAGUUUCCCCGCACAAGCUCUAAACUGGAGCACUUUGUUUCCAUCCUCCUCAAGUGCUUUGACUCCCCGUGGACAACAAGGGCUUUGUCUGAGACCGUGGUGGAGGAGAGCGAUCCCAAACCUCUCGGCAAAAUGAACGGUUCGAUGGACAAGAAGGCCUCAUCUGUGAGCGAGGAUGUUGAGGCCAGCGUGCCCAUGCUUCAGCGAACAAAGUCCAGAAUCGAACAAGGGAUUGUAGAUCGCUCCGAAACUGGGGUUUUAGAUAAAAAAGAAGGGGAGCAGGCCAAGGCCCUUUUCGAGAAGGUGAAGAAGUUCAGGAUCCAUGUAGAGGAGGGCGACAUAGUCUACCGUCUUUACAUACGUCAGACCAUCAUCAAAGUAAUCAAGUUUAUACUUAUAAUUAGCUACACAGCCUACUAUGUACACUACAUCAGGUUCAGUGUAGUGUGUGCGGUGAACCUACAGAAGCUAACAGGGUACAGCACGUUCUCUUGUGCCCAUCCGUUAGCAACACUUUUUAAGAUUUUGGCCUGUUUCUACAUUAGCCUGGUGGUGGUUUAUGGUCUUAUCUGCAUGUACACCCUGUGUUGGAUGCUCAGCCGCUCCCUCAAAAGAUACUCCUUCGAAUCAAUCCGGGAGGAGAGCAGCUACAGUGACAUCCCUGACGUGAAAAACGACUUUGCCUUCAUGCUGCACAUGAUAGACCAGUACGACCCUCUCUACUCCAAGCGCUUUGCUGUUUUUCUGUCAGAGGUGAGCGAGAACAAGCUGAGGCAGCUGAACCUGAACAAUGAGUGGACAUUGGAGAAGCUGAGGCAGCGCAUCACCAAGAACUCCCAGGAUAAGCUGGAGCUGCAUCUGUUCAUGCUCAGCGGGAUCCCAGACACAGUAUUUGAUCUGUUAGAGCUCGAAGUGCUCAAGCUGGAGCUUAUCCCCGACGUAACAAUCCCACCAAUCAUCGCCCAGCUUUCCAACCUGAGAGAGAUGUGGCUCUAUCACACGCCAGCUAAAAUUGAAGCUCCAGCUCUGGCUUUCCUGAGGGAAAACCUGAAGUCUCUCCACAUCAAGUUCACUGACAUCAAGGAGAUCCCUCUGUGGAUCUACAGCCUGAAGAACCUCAGCGAGCUGCACCUAACCGGGAACCUGAGUGCCGAGAACAAUCGUUACAUCGUCAUUGAUGGGCUCAGAGAGCUCAAGAGGCUCAAAGUGCUGCGUCUGAAAAGCAACUUGACCAAGCUGCCGCAGGUGGUGACAGAUGUGGGCGUGCACCUCCAGAAGCUCUCCAUCAAUAACGAGGGUACCAAGCUGAUGGUGCUCAACAGCCUGAAGAAAAUGGUCAACCUGACGGAGCUCGAGCUUGUCCGCUGCGAUCUCGAACGCAUUCCUCACUCCAUCUUUAGUUUGCACAAUCUGCAGGAGAUUGACCUGAAGGACAACAAUCUGAAGACAAUAGAGGAGAUCAUCAGCUUCCAGCACCUGCACCGGCUUGUGUGCCUGAAGCUGUGGUACAACCAGAUCGCCUACAUCCCCAUUCAGAUCGGCACACUGACCAACCUGGAGAGGCUGUAUCUGAACAGGAACAAGAUUGAGAAAAUCCCCAGCCAGCUGUUCUUCUGUCGCAAGCUGCGCUUCCUAGACCUGAGUCACAACAAUCUGACCAGCAUCCACGCUGAUGUAGGCUUCCUCCAGAACCUGCAGUACUUUGCUGUGACUGCAAACAGGAUCGAGACUUUGCCCCCGGAGCUUUUCCAGUGCAAGAAGCUUCGUACACUGAAUCUGGGAAACAACUGCCUGCAGACCCUGCCAUCACGCUUCGGAGAACUCACUGGGCUGACCCAGCUGGAGCUGAGAGGGAACCGUCUGGAGUGCCUCCCGGUGGAGCUCGGCGAGUGUCGGCUGUUGAAGAGGAGCGGUCUGGUGGUGGAGGAGGACCUGUUCAACACGCUGCCUUCAGAAGUCAAAGAGCAGCUUUGGAGGGCUGAUAAGGAGCAAGCCUGAGCCAAAUCUCAGUGGUGAGCUGCAAAAAGAGAGAAGUUUUGAUUUGAGAAACAAACAAGCAGUGAUUUUGUUUAUAAGGUGAGGCGAACCUUGAGAGGUUUGCAGCACUGUUGGGCCAUGUGGGCUCAGAAAAGUGAUGAGGCUUCCCUGACAGGAUCUACAAAAGCAUGGAUGUCAAAUUUCAUGACGUCCAAGGAUGUCUUUUUGGCAAUCACUCGCUUCGUGGUCGUCAAGGGAAAACCUCAUAACCAACCGCGGUGAUGAAAGUUGGUUUAGUAAUGUGGCUUUUCUGUAAUUUCAUUCUAAAUAUCAAGCUGCGAGGAUGCAAGCAGGUGACGUCAAAUAUGCAUGCCACAGUAGGACCUGUCUAAAGCAAAUCUGCUUAUUGGAAAGAGGCAAAACACAGAAAAUAACUUUGCACGAUUCAGCCUUGCCAGUGAGCUAAACAUGCCCACUAUCACUUCUUUGCUGGCUGUGGGAUACAUGCACAAAUUGAACAUGCACAAAGCAGUGUUUGCCUGACAUUCCUCUGGCCUUGAGACUCGAAAUUUUGCUUUUUGAAAUUUUUACAAUUACAUUUGCAGUCGCAGUGAAGUGUGACUCUGGAUACUGGCAGAUGUUAGAAGAAAAAAAUUACAGUGCAACUGACAGCCAGUUUGUUGAGGCGUGACGGUUUGGCCCUUUUGUUUUCUUCAGGCUGUAUCUUGGCUCAACAUGCUUGGAGGCAUCUUUUUUUUUAUUCGAACAAAAUGACUCUGUGAUGAAGAUCAGCGGAUCAUCCCGCAGGUGAUCUCACAGCUUAGGCCUUAACUUAGAAGACUAAUAAAAGAACAUCAAAGAAAAGCUGUCAAAUAUUCAGCUGUCAAAAAUGGGAACAAACUCUACAGUAUAAUGUCUAAAUAACCUGCAGUCAUUAAUUUAUAAUGUUGGCCUGUAGGCAGGCUGUUUGUUAGCUGUGUGGGUGGAGCUAUGGUGGAGAAGUGCACCAUUCUUCUUGGACUCUUUAUUUUUCUUCACGAAACAUCAUGUCUUAUUCAGGCAUGUGAAGCAAGCUUUACUUUAUUUUGCAUGACUGAACAUCACAUACAUUACUGAUGUGUCUUAUUAAGAUGUGUGUGAUGGGCCAUUUAUCAAAGCUUUUUUCGAGCCUUUAGAAACAAAGUCAAGAAUUUAUUUUGACUCCACGAUACAUAAUUUGGUGCUGCAGUGUGAUUGGUUUAACGUUCAAGUAAUAUGUGAGGAAAAUUCAGUGAGUGACUGAAUGCCUACUAUGGAACAUAUACAUGUACUCAAAGAUCUUAAGUGACCUUUGUUCAAUUUAAGGCUAAGAUAUGUUGCUUCACUGUCUUGAUUGUAAUGCAACAUGCCCCCCCCCCCCCCCCCCUCCCCGCUCACAUGAAGUUUGCUGUCCCUGUAUCAAGGCUACAGAGACACAGACAUUGAGAAAACUCACAGUUGAUUCCUUUUGUAUUUAUCAAAUAAAAUCAUAUGCAAGCUUGCACACUGCUAAUCAUACAACUUCUAGAUGAUAUAGACCAGUAAAAGGGACAAGAAUCAAGGUACUUUUUAUUCUCAGACCUUAGAUGAUUAUUGCUUAUAUGGCACCUCCAAGUGGAUGAACUGCAGAUGUGGGACAGGAGAGUCUUAACUAGCUGCCAGGUACUGCCAGUCUCAAAAAGAGAAGUGUUGAUGUUGGUGACUCAAGUGCCCAGCUGUUUGUACGCUAGCCCUUAUAUUUAUCAUGCUCAGUUUAUUCCUGGACAUUUGUCAGCACUUUGUUUAUCCAUCCAAGAGCAAAAUGAGGACAAACAGGAAAUUACAGAGGGAAGGAAACUGGUUUUGACCGACCUACACAAGGGAAACAUUUAUUCGCAGAGAGUAUGCAGAAUAUGUGAUUUCCACAUGCAUGGUCCAGAUUAGUGCAGCAGUGCUUUGUCUGCUUGAAACACUUUUCUUGUUAAGACCUUGGAUUUAAUAGCAUCAUUUGGAGUAUACCAGAUAUGUUUACUCCAGCCAGGCAUCUCUUGUUGCUAAUAUGGCCUUACCUUUUACAAGCUGUAUGCCCUGCUAAUGAUCACAAACAUCACGUUCAUGACUCUUUUUUUUUUUUCAUGUGCUGUAAAACGUAUAGGUGAAAUGUUUAACAUCUUUGUUUCAUACAUAUCCAUCAUACUGUAUGUGGUCUUAUUGUUACCAGCUGUUUUUUUUUGUUUGUUUUUUUGUUUUUUUCACUUUAGCUAUUUAAGAGUUUCAGCGCAAUAAUACAACUGCACCUUUGUUCACAGUGAAUUUUGUUUCACUGAGGCCUUGGUUAAAUCCAAAUGCCCUUCUGGGGGUCACUAGUAAAGUGCCCCCCCCCCCACCCCCA